UAACCAAUACUUACACGGUGCUCUUACUUGAUAGAUCUUAUUUUUGUUUUUGAUGAUAAUUGAAACGUGUCAACAAUAAUUAUGGCUGAUACAAAUAAGGAGUCAUCAGUAACAAAAGUUCCGAUGAUUUAUGUUUGUGGAGAAUGUCACGGAGAAAACGAAAUUAAACCAAGAGAUCCCAUUCGAUGCAGAGAAUGUGGUUACAGGAUUAUGUACAAGAAAAGAACUAAAAGGUUGGUUGUGUUUGAUGCUCGGUGAAAAAGAGGAAUAAAAAACCAAGAAAAAUUUCAUUAACUUUAAUCUUACCAUUAUAGGAUAUCCAUUUAUAUGUUAAGUAUUAUAUGAUACAAUAAAUCGGAAAAUAUUUGA